AUGGGAUUUCUUGGCCACAUUGUUUCUGCAGAGGGAGUUUCUGUGGAUCCGGCUAAGAUUGAGGCUAUCAGAGAUUGGCCUAGACCUAGUAGUGCCACCGAGAUCAGGAGUUUUCUGGGUUUGGCAGGAUACUACAGGAGGUUCGUCAAGGGGUUUGCUACCAUGGCGCAGCCGAUGACGAAGUUGACCGGGAAGGAUGUCCCUUUUAUUUGGUCAGCUGAGUGUGAGGAGAGCUUUAGUCAGCUCAAGGAGAUGUUGACUACUACACCAGUGUUGGCGUUACCCGAGCCAGGGAAGCCUUACAUGGUGUAUACAGAUGCUUCAGGCAUUGGUCUUGGUUGUGUGCUGAUGCAGGAGGGCAGAGUGAUAGCAUAUGCUUCGAGACAGUGGCAGGGCAGUGAGCGUAACCGUCCUACACAUGACUUAGAGUUGGGAGCAGUGAUCUUCGCGUUGAAGAUUUGGAGGUCUUACUUGCUAGGUGAGACAGUACAGGUCUUCACGGAUCACAAGAGUUUGCAGCAUAUCUUCACUCAGCCGAUGAUGAACGCGAGACAGACGCGCUGGGUUGAGUUCUUGGCGGAUUAUCAGGUGAGCAUUAACUACCAUCCGGGCAAGGCUAACCUAGUGGCGGACGCGUUGAGUAGACGGAGGUAUGAUUCCGCAGUUGAGCGAGAUGUGGAGUCUCUAGUUGGCGAGAUCAGUACCUUGCGUUUGUGUGCCAUUUCGCAUGAGCCUUUGGGUUUAGAGGCGGUGGAUCAGGCGGAUCUACUUAGCAGGAUCAGAGUUGCUCAGCAGAGUGAUCAGAGUUUGCUAGAUGCGACGAGAGUGACUGGUUCUGAGUAUGAGGUCUCUGCGAAUGGGACUAUCUUGGUUCGUGGGCGAGUUUGUGUGCCUAAGGAUGUGGAGUUGAGACAUCAGAUUUUGGGAGAGGCUCACGCGAGCAAGUUUUCCAUUCAUCCGGGAGCGACCAAGAUGUACCAUGACCUCAAGAGGUACUAUCAUUGGGUCGGGAUGAAGAGGGAUGUAGCAGACUGGGUUGCGAAGUGCAACACUUGUGCCUUGGUGAAGGCAGAGCAUCAGGUUCCGGGUGGUCUUUUGCAGAGUUUACCCAUUCCAGAGUGGAAGUGGGACAGGAUUACGAUGGAUUUCGUGGUUGGACUACCUGUUUCGAGGACUUUCGAUGCUAUCUGGGUGAUUGUGGAUCGGUUGACUAAGUCUGCACAUUUCUUGGCCAUCAAGAAGACAGAUGGAGCUGCUGUCUUGGCUAGGAAGUUUGUGCGAGAGAUUGUGAGGCUGCAUGGAGUGCCAGCUAGUAUUGUGUCAGACCGUGAUCCCAGAUUCACUUCAGAGUUUUGGAGGGCGUUUCAGGCAGAGAUGGGCACUAAGGUGCAUCUGAGUACAGCUUAUCAUCCGCAGACAGAUGGUCAGUCAGAGAGGACUAUUCAGACUUUGGAGGAUUUGCUGAGGAUGUGUGUGUUGGAUUGGGGUGGCCAUUGGGCAGAUCACCUGAGCUUAGUUGAGUUUGCAUACAACAACAGCUUUCAGGCGAGUAUUGGCAUGGCUCCAUUUGAGGCUUUGUAUGGGAGGCCAUGUAGGACACCCCUAUGCUGGACCCAAGUGGGGGAGCGCAGCAUGUAUGGAGCUACUUAUGUUCAGGAGACGACAGAGAAGGUUCGUGUUGUGAGGCUGAACAUGAAGGAGGCUCAGGAUAGGCAGAAGAGUUAUGCAGAUAGACGCAGACGAGAGCUUGAGUUUCAGGUUGGAGAUAGAGUUUAUCUCAAGAUGGCUAUGUUGAGGGGUCCUAACAGAUCCAUAGCAGAGAACAAGCUGAGUCCGCGAUUUAUGGGUCCGUUUCCAGUAGUGGAGCGAGUUGGGCCAUUGGCUUACAGGCUGGAGUUGCCUGAGAUUAUGAAAGCCUUUCACAAGGUUUUUCAUGUGUCGAUGCUGAGGAAGUGUCUUCACCCUACAGAGGAGUUAGUGGCUAGGAUUCCAGAGGAUCUUCAGCCAGAUUUGACAGUGCCGGCAGUGCCUAUGAGGAUUUUAGAGAGGAGGGAAAAGGUUCUGAGGAACAAGAGGAUUCCCUUACUGAGGAUUUUGUGGGAUUGCAGUGGUUCUACAGAGGAGACUUGGGAGCCAGAGGCAAAGAUGAAGUUGAAGUUCAGGAAGUGGUUCGACAAGCAGGUCGAGGAGUGA